CUCGUUAUUCCUGGGUCCUAAAAGUGGAAGUGUGUGAGUAGUAAGCUGCGGCGCUUCCUCACACAGGAGAUUGUAGGAGUGAAAGCUACGGCGCUUUCUCCUGACAUAACUAGAUUGUAGGAGUGAAAGCUACGGCGCUUUCUCCUAACAGUUAGCUGACAUAAAAAGCUUUUUUUCUGGCAUACCAUUCAAAUUGUCACGGGACGCUCCGGAAGUGAGCGAACGCGCUGGCAGGCUAGCGAGCAAGGAGCAGGCAGGCAAGCGGAAUACGGGGAAAACGGGGUUUAAUGGCGGAAAACGAGGUGCAUGGAACAUCAGACGCUGACUGACAUCAAUGACGGACAAAGGACUCGGGAUGGAGACUGAUGGGGACCAGAAUGCAGGUUCUGCUAAUGGAAACACUCCAUCUGGGGGAAACUCUCGCCCACCUCAGAUAUCUCAAAUGUCUCUGUAUGAGAGACAGGCUGUACAGGCUCUCCAGGCCCUGCAGAGGCAGCCCAAUGCGGCCCAGUACUUCCAGCAACUGAUGCUGCAGCAACAGAUUAGCAGUGCCCAGCUCCAGAACCUUGCGGCCGUGCAGCAGGCCACCCUCGCAGCCAGCCGUCAGUCCAGUUCCCCCAGUAACAGUGUCUCCCAAGCCACCAGCACAGCUCACUGCACCGUGAACUUAAGUUCUUCGGGGGGGGGAGCCAUGAGCAACCCUCGGCCUCUUGGCCCCGCCUCCUCUACGACAUCAUCAGCCCUGAGUCAGUCAGUACUGCUGGGUGGAAACACAGCUGGACAGGGACAGAUGUUCCUCAGAGUUAAUCGCUCUCUUAGGACACCACUUUCCUCGCAGCUUAUAUUCAUGCCUUCUGGCACAGCAACAGCUGCUGUAGCAACAGUCACCCAGCAACAGACCCAACAGCAACAUCAGCAACACGAAGUUACUCCCGUCUCUUCUAAUAGCCAAUCCGACACAGACCAAGUCCAGAACCUGGCCCUCCGCUGUGUCUCCAGUUCUCAGGUUGCCACAGUGAAGACAGAGUGCCCCGACCGGAAGGACACGGCCGCCUACUCUAUGGUCCAACAGCCACAACAGCAAUUUCCCCAGACUGCGCAACAGACCACAGGGCAGCAAACCACAGGGCAGCAGCUGCAGCCCCCACAGCAGCAACAAAUGCAUGCUAAACUGCCCUCUUACACCCAGCCCUCCACUCCCACUAUUCCCAGUAUGAACCUCAAAACCGGAAACCAGCCCAACAUGGCCCCUCCACCAGCCCCUCCCCUGCCCCCCUCUUCUUCCCCUUCUCCAUCUAUUCCUCUCUCUCAGCUUCUUCUCUCUACUUCUGGCUUCUGUCAAGCACGUGCUGUCACCACAGUUACCUCGGCUACCACGGCGACUCACAUCUUGGUUCCGACUUCCAACACCUCAACCCCAUCGCAGGGGUAUCCUGUCAGCUCUGCAGGGCCCAAACCUAAUAUUAACACGCAGACACUGGUGGUUCAACCACUCCAGCAAACCAACACUAACAUAAGCUCUGAGAAGAUGGCCCAUACUUCCGGUCCUGUCCCCAUUCAGCCGAAAACUGUCCAAGGCCUCCGCUUGCCCCUCCAGCUUCCCUCAAGACACCCCCCUCCAAUUCUACCUGCACCACCAAGCAACCCCCAGUGCAGUACCUCUCACCUGCCGCCGCAUGUUCCUGUUCAGCUGGUGGGUGCCAGGCAGGGUUCUCUAGGAAACUCCCAGGCUUUGGCUCUAGCGCAGGCUCGAAGCUGCUGUGCCCAGGAUAGCGGGUCUCUGAAUAACUCCACCAGCAAGGUGACCUCCGUGGCCACAGGAGGAGGCGUGGGAGUCGGUGGUGGCUCCAGUGCGGGCCUGAAGUCACCCCAGAGUGCACUGCCUUUGACCCAGGUCUCUCAGAUUCACCUGCCUGCCACUCAAGGUCCUCUACUAAAUCCAGCCCGCUCUUCCUCCUCUGCCUCGCCCUCUGCCGCCAAUUCUUCUGCUCCCUGCCUCUCUGUCGCCCACCCUUUGGACAUCCAGGCUACCCCGUCACUGGCAGUGCCUCCUAGUGGAGAUCCAGUGCACGUGCAGUCCGUUCAGAUGCAGGGAAAACCUGCAGCUGGCUCUCUGAAGAGGAAGUCGGAGUGCGAUGUGAACAUGUCAGUGGCCGGGCCCAGCCUGGUCUCCACUCCCCCGGCCAGAGAGCUAUCCCCUCCUAUCUUGACUCCGGCUAUUGAAGAAGCCUGUGGUACCACCUCCACUCCAUCCUGCCUGUCCCUUUCUACUUGUCGAGCAGGAGGUGGGCAGGAGAAGGGCCCCCCUCCCCAGGCUGUAGUCAAACCCCAAGUCCUCACUCACCUAAUUGAGGGCUUUGUCAUCCAGGAAGGUGCAGAGCCCUUUCCAGUCACCGGACCAGUGAAGGAUCGAUCUGAUGGGACAUUGCCAAUGGCUGCACCACCUGCAGACCAGACAGAGUCUGAGUCUCCUGCAGUGAUGAAGUGUGAAUACUGUGAAGGUUUUGCUCCAGCGAACCAGUUCCGGGGCUCCAAGCGCUUCUGCUCCAUGACUUGUGCCAAGAGAUACAACGUGAGCUGCAGCCACCAGUACCGCUCACGGCGCGGCCGGGCCCUGCGAAGUGUGGCUGGGGGGCCUGCAGGCCCUGAUGGCAUCCUGAGGCGCAGGGGUCCUCGCAGAAGCAGUUCAGAAAUUGCCAGUGCCAGAAUAGCGGGAAGACACCUGCCUGUCAAGUGUCGAUCAGAGUCCAGCCGCUCCGAAGACGUCUCCAGCUGCGAGGAGGAAGAAGAGGAGGACUCCCUGUCUCUGUCUCCAGGCUCGUCAUUUUCUGUCCCUCGAGCUGCUCAUUGCAGGGCCCAGCUGGAAGGGCAGGCCCCCGGGGGCCUCUCGCUAGAUGGGGCCCACUUCCUGUCUGGGAGCCCUUCUCACUGGAGCGUAGAGGAAGUGUGUCAGUUUAUCUCAUCUCUGCAAGGCUGUGAGGACCUGGCGAGUCAGUUCCUCUCGCAGGAGAUUGACGGUCAGGCCCUACUUCUGCUGAGGGAGGAGCACCUCAUGUCCACCAUGAAUAUCAAGCUGGGGCCUGCACUCAAGAUCUGCGCCUCCAUCAACAACCUGAGGGACUGAGACACUGAUAGUACCUGUAGGGGUGGGCUGUACCACACUUCUUCACUGGGGGGGGGGGGGGUUGG